CCCCGUUGCAGGGCAGGCAAGCCAAGGCAAGGCGAGGCAAGCUGGGAGCCGCAUCGCACCCGCGCCGAAGUCGAACAUCCAUCCAAUCCAUUCCAGACCAGACAACACCACCUCGAAGUCACGACCGGGGCACGCACCUCCCGUUCAAUUGACCCCCCGCCGCGAAGACCACGCCCCCAGCGACCGAAGGGAGCAAGCAGCACACACCCCGAGAUUAUAGGUCGGCGCAUCGACCGACACAGAAGAAGCAGUCCACAGCAGCAGCAGCAGCAGCAGCAACAACAAACAGCCCACCAUGCCUCAGGACAUGCCCCCCGUGGGCGGGUACGACGCCGUCCAGUACAAGCGCAACCUGCCCGCACGAGGCUUCAAGCCCGCCACCCUGCUCGCCAUCAGCGGCGGCGUCAUGCUCUACGGAUGGUACCUGUUCGGCAAGGGUGCAAGGGAACAACGAGAACUCGCCCGCGAGAAGAUGUGGGCCCGCAUCCACCUCAUCCCCGCCCUGCAGGCCGAGGAGGACCGCGACCAGGUCCGCCGCUACCUCGCCGACCAGCAGCGCGAGCGCCAGCUCAUGGGCGGCGAGACCCUCAAGGUCUACAACAGCGACAGGUUCGUCAAGCCCACCUUUGCCGUCACCCCGGAGCAGUCAAAGUAGGCUGGUCACCGGUCAGGCAGGCUCUUCGGAUUGGGGCAGCGGAUGGAUGGACAGAUAGACAGAUAGAGGCAGGUGGACAGACACGGGAUGGCAUGCCACACUGAGCGGCGGAUGAUGAGUUGAGCGGAAGCAGCAGCACCCGCUCUUCGGUGCGGGUGCCGGCUUGGGGGCAAGAUGAUCUGGAUGUAGAUAUGGCAUGGUAUGGCAUGUCUCGUGCGCCAAGGACAAGAAAUC